UUUCAGAUACUUUCAAGAGGCAAUUAUGGCACCGAAUAAACUAUCUGGUCGGAAUUUUGAGAAGAUGGACAUUACUUGGAGCUGCUUCACUAGCUUCCUCCAGGACAAGGGAAAAACCCUUGAUCAAAUGAACCUGGAAGAGUUACAUACAGUCUAUGAUAAUGAGUUUUCAGUUAAAUUGGGAGAUAAUGGACCAUCAUUCAUAUUUGAGAAACUCAUCAAUGAUCUUAAAUGGGCAAGGAAGAUCAAGAUUAACAGAAAAAACAACACAGUGAUUGAAAUUUCUCCUUCCGAACAUGUCACUAUUGGUCAGUAUCGCAAAGAACGAAAAAAGAACGCAAGGAAGGCGAGUUGUGAUCGUAAUGCACUAUGCUGUGAAUAUUGUGAUGUCAUUAAUUGUAGUCAACGCAGCUUUGAUUCGCAUUGGAGAGGGCGGAAUCAUUGCGGUAAAAUGAGAUUGCUCUUCCAGAAUAACUGGAAAACUUGGCAUAAGGAUAAAUAUGACAUCGAAGUGACAUCUGAUCAUGAUGUUAAAACUGGCAUUUUAGUUGAAGAUGCAAAUAUGAAUGAACUUGUAGAAAUUAAUAUAACUAUUAGUAAUAAGAGUGAAAAUGAUGUCACCUUGUUACUUGGUUGGUUGUUGAUGAAUGAUUCUACAUUUAAAGUGAAUGAACCAACAAAGCAUGUUAAAAUUCCACAAGGAGACGAUUUUACAUUUCCAGUAUUUUGCAAACCAGAGUCUGUCAGUGAUUACAGAAAUUUGCUGGCACUUGCUUUUGCAUUUCCAGGCAAAAACUUUUUUCAAAUUCUUCGGAACAUUGUUGUAGAGGUUGAAUCUGAGCUGACAAGAGAACUGAAACCAAAAUCUCCCUACGUUAAAUCCCGAAGGACUCGUAAGCCUACCAGGUGCAGAAAAUUCAUAGACGGUGUGCGUUUAUCGUAUAAAUCAUUAGAUAAUCUGGAGAUGACUGAAUUACAACAAUACGAAAUUCCUGAGGAGUUGGAAACUAUGAUGGAUGAAGGAGACACUGAUGACAUUAGCAAAAGGUUGGAAGAGAAACUGACAUCUAAAAAUUAUGCAGAAAAGUUCUCUACAUUGUUACACAUUGAGGAACGUCAGAUGGCUUUGGACAUUCUUCAGUACAGCAUGGAGGAUGCAAUAAUGACUCCUGAUAAGAAUAGACGUUUACUUAAACUAAAUGUGCCUGGGCUGGCUGAAAAUCGUCCCUCUGUUCUAAAAGGUGAUCAUUUGUUUGCUACACUUUCAGUUGGUGAGCGUUACAAGGGCUAUGUCCAUCGUGUGGAAAUGGAAGACUUAGUCCUGGGUUUCAACUCAAGCCUAGUAAAAGUUUAUAUACGUAAUUCAAAGUUUAAAAUAGACUUCACAUUCAACCGCCGACCUUUAAUGCUUCAACACCGUGCAGUGAUGCAGGCCAUACCUAAUGGACUGAAACAUGUCCUAUUCCCAAAGAAAAUAACUGCUGCAAAAGCUACUCUGCUUAACAAUGCUACAAUAACGUUUUUCAAUCGUGAUAUUAAGAACAAUGCUGAACAAAGUGAAGCGGUUAGGCACAUUACUAAAGGAUCAUCAAGACCAGCCCCAUACCUUGUGUUUGGCCCGCCAGGUACAGGAAAGACUGUUACUAUUGUAGAAGCCAUCAAACAGGAGGAACUCAUCCAAAUGAGAAAGUCUUGUUCAAACUCUAAACCAAUGAGAAAAUCUUGUCUAACUGAGAAAGCCUUAAAAUCAAAAUAA